AUGCACACAUACGUUGGAGUCGAAAAUGUACAAACCAAUGAACGGUUUGCGGAGAAGCCAAGGUACUACCUGGCGCAGCGUGUGCGGAAGCACUUUGCGGCUCUGUUGACGCCGAAGUACAAGGCCACUUUGUACAAGUUCCAACAGACACAAAUAAGCCGCACCGGUCAGAGUGCAGCUGCGUUCACGUAUGGUUUGUUCGAGGGCACUGGUGCUUUGGGCUCGAGCGGAUAUCAACCGAUAGACAUCACCUCUGAAACAAUUGCCACAGACACCGAACUACGGUUCUAUACCGUGUGCAAGGACUAUCGAACACUCCAUAAACAAACGGAAACCACCAAAGAGUUUAAACGCUUCAAAACGAGUGAUCUGGUAACCAAGCAAGUUCAAUAUGUCAGCGCUAGUGUGGGCUUCGAUGUGACAUUUCCGCAGGUGCUUGCCAUGUACCGUGCGUGCAGUUACGACACAUACUUCCACGACAGCCUCAGUCCCUGGUGCACACUUCUGGGGCCGGAGACCUUAGAAGUACUCGAGUUUCACGACGAUCUCAAGCAGUGGUGGGUGAAGAGCUAUGGACACACCCUCAACUAUGCCAUUGCCUGUCCGUUAAUGAGCUCGAUAGUCGAAGAGAUAGAAGCCGUCUGGAAAGACUACCGCAGUGGGAAUGCACACCAUCUGCGUGCCCGCAUUCGCUUCGGACACGCAGAGACGCUCCAACCGUUCAUCAGCUUACUGGGACUGUAUAGAGACGAGGAGGGGCUGUUUGCAAACGCCACCUACGACGCGAUAUUGAAGAGAAAGUACCGUGCGAGUACCAUUGUGCCCUAUGCUGCAAAUGUUUUCUUCUCGCUAAACGAGUGCGAUGGUGAGCCGUAUGUCAACAUGUAUGUGAACGAGGACCUCACCCCCAUCCCUGGCUGUGAAACAACGCCUUCGGGCGACUGUCCUCUCACUGCCUUUAAAGAUACUUUCGCAGAAAUUGUCGACAAAUGCGAUUUCGAUGCUCUGUGCGGCACGCGGUUGCGCAAGAAUGCGCGCGUGGAUAUCCCAGAGAGGCUGUCUGGUUCUGAUUCGAAUGAUAAGCGUGGGCGUGAGGGUUCUGUUGCCAGAAACGAGCUGUAGAACAUUGUAAUAAAGGAAAGUAAAAGUCAC